UUCCAAACAAUGCUCUGGGGAAAAAAGCCACGUUGACGUUAGAGAGUGAAGUCUAGUCCACAGUUUGAGGCAGAAUAAAGCAGGAUUUGUGUCUUUCCAGACGCUCCUGUUUCUUCGCUGCAGACCCCAGAUCAGAGCCGACAUGUCAUCGCCGCCGAAGGAGAAAGUGGAAACCAAAGGAGGACAUCUCCCUGCAGUCAAAGCAGGAGGUAUGAGAAUAGUGCAGAAGCACCAGCAGGCAGCUGCUGCUCCAGACCCACUGCAGAGAGAUGAGGAAGACGAGGAGGAUGAGGAGGAGUACGUCAGCAGCAGUCCACCAAAGAUCCCCGUGAUUGUGUCUGGAGUGGUGACAAAGGGCGAUAAGGACUUCACCCCCGCGGCCGCCCAGGUGGCUCAUCAGAAGCCCCAGCCUUGUGUCCCCAAGCUGCCCGCCUCUCAGCAGAUCAACCAGCACAUCCACCAGCCCCGCAAGUGAAUUAGGCAGCGAGCUACGAUGGCUCCGCGUCCUCCACCAGCCGGCCUUCCCCGUGGAACGGAUAGGAUGAAGAUCUUUCCCCAGCAGGCACAGAUCUCCUCUAAUUAAUCAGUGUUUUUUGUAAGCCUCUUUUGCAUUACAUGUAUCGGAAAUGUAUCAGCAACAAACACCCAAUGCGAGUACGGCCUUCGUAGAAGUCCCAAUCUUUACACCCCUGUUGCUAUGCACUAUUAGUUCUCCUGAAGAGAAAUUGUCUUAACAGCGCUACAGUCUUACGGUGGUAUGCAUGGCUGGGUGGUCGUCUAUAAUUGCUACCAUUCCAUGAUUAAAUGUGAAUGAAGAAAUAUCUGUGUGUGUAGGGGGUUGGGUGGGUGGGAGGGAUGUGCCGACUAUUACCAAAUCACAGCAAACGGCCAUUCAUAGCAAUCAAUCAGGCCAACUAGCCGACCAUUUGCCUCAGCCUAAGCUCCAGCCUUCUACCUAUGAUAGUCACAGACCCAAAUAACCAAUGAAAAGAAAUUUGGGGCGUGGACACCAGUUCACCAUUAUCAACACAAAUCAAAAAGAACACAAGAUGAAGCUUCUCAAAUGCAGAAUGCAGUUCGAUGUGAGGAUCACGUAUGACUGUUGCCAAAUUGCAUGGUACAGCUUGGACCAGAGAAAGGUGAAGACGCUCAUCAUCAGCCCUGAGGUUACUGGCAAGCUUGACAAGAGUGCCAUUUGGCCAUUUCGCUAUUAAAGAAGCCCAUUAAGGAGAACCAAUGAGAACACAUUACCCACUUCUCUGUGGUGCUGGUUGCCCUUACCUAAGGAGCUACUUGAUGCAUGCUGUUAGUGUCGUGACUCAAGAAGGCAGCAACGCUUGUAUUAAAGUCCGUUCCGCUUUCGCUACAGUUUCCUCCGAUGUAAUUUGUUCUUUCCUUUUUAUUUUUAAUUAGAGAGGGGUGGCGAUGUACUCUCUAUUUUGCCCUGCCUUGUUGGAGCUGUAAUCAUGUCUAUCCUUCCCGGGCAAUGUUCAUUUGAAUGCAAACUCGACCUGCUUCACGGUAAAAGUAUCCCAUCAGUGCCUCAUUGCUCAGGAAUCUUUCUGCCUCAUUUGACUCGCAUGGAUUUGCAUUUUAUUUGCUUUGCACGCUGCGUCAACUGGAAUGAAAAAAUAUCCCAAAAUGUAAUGAAAUCUUAAGAUACUGUGAAGCAGUGUCUGGAUGCUUUGUGUUUGCAGUAACAUCCGAAGCAUAGCAGAGGAGCAGCUCAGAAGACGGGGAGGCCGAGCAAAAACAUUCCAUAUAAAAGUGUUUGAACAAAUACGUUGACUGUGACAAUUUGUCAGCGUUCAAGGAUAAUUCAUUGAUUUCUACUUGCCAAGAUAUCCGCAGGUAUAGAAAUCUGUAUCAGCUCCCUAAAAUAUCAAUACACACGGACACACCACCCUUAUCCUUAAUCACCCAUCCCCUUACGCUCAAGUGUCAUUUGCUGCAACACUAAUGUUCAGGUUUCCAGGAAAGUAAGAAAGAAAUGUAUCUUGCCAAGAAGGGAUUCAUUCCUAUGCUCAUUUAAUGCAAUUUAAAAGAGUUUUAUUUUUUGGGGGGUUUUAUUCAGUUCAUUUUCUUGAGUAAAUUGUUCAAAUUGUAUAAAUCUUUAGUCAUUGAGUGGAUUUGGGUAUGAGGUGUGUUUGUCAUAGUAAAUAAAGAUAUAGACUAUCAGAAAAA